UUAACUAAUUUAAAGAAAGUUGACUAUAAAAGAUCAGACAAUUGAAUUUUAUAAGUUAAAAAUUAUUACUGUUCCUGAGGAUUGUAGCUGGCAAAUUGUCCAUGAUGCCUUUCUGUUCCCUCAUGGCCAAUUGAGAUAAAGGAUGUCAAGUGUAAGCUAAAUAAGGAAGAGGCCUUGGAAAGGUUAAAUGAAGUGCAGAAAAACAGUCACUGAGAUCUCCAGGAAGCUCUCAUACAUAAAAACGGUUAUACUGGCAGAUUUUAAAAUUUUGAAGGAAUUUUUCAGAAACAGCCAACAUGAGAGUUCCCGUCUUUGAGGAUUGCAAAGAUGAAAGUGAAGGAGAGAAGAAAUCUGGGGAAGAAGAUGCAGAAGAUGAAGAAGAAAAGGUAUUCCUUAAACCUGUCAUUGAAGACCUAAACAUGGAGUUGGCUAGAAAAUGUACCGAGCUAAUUAGUGAUAUCCAUUAUAGAGGAGAGUAUAAAAAGUCAAAAGGCAAAUGUACAUUUGUGCCUGACACCCCUCUGCUAAACCAUGUAAAACAUAUAGGUGCUUUUAUUUCUGAGGCAAAGUACAAAGGCACCAUCAAGGCAGACCUUUCCAAUUCAUUGUAUAAGCAGAUGCCAGCCACGAUUGACAGUGUAUUUGCAAGAGAAGUUUCACAGCUUCAGAGUAAGGUUCUCUAUAAACAGAAACAUGAUGCUACAAAAGGAAUGUCAGACUAUUCACAUAUGAAGGAACCACCUGAUAUAAUGCAUGCCAUGGAAACCAGUAAACAUCAAAGUAAUGUUUCUUAUAGGAAGGAUGCAGAGGAUAAUCAUAAAUACAAUGCGGGGAUUGACAGACCAGACAUCAAGAUGGCAACCCAAGUCUCCAAGAUCAUUAGCAAUGCUGAAUACAAAAAAGGAAAAGGAGAAAUGAAUAAAGAACCAGCUGUGAUGGGAAGGCCAGAUUUUGAGCAUGCAAUGGAAGCUUCUAAACUUUCUAGUCAAGUUAAAUACAGAGAAAAAUUUGAUAAUGAAAUGAAGGAUAAGAAACACCACUAUAAUCCUCUUGAAAGUGCUUCUUUUAGGCAAAGUCAGUUUGCAGCUACACUUGCAAGUGAUGUGCAGUACAAGAAAGACGCUCAGAUGAUGCAUGAUCCAGUUUCAUCUCUCCCGAGCCUGUUUUUAGACCAUGCUUUGAAAACCAGCAAAAUGCUCAGUGAUCAUGAAUAUAAGAAGGUAUUUGAAGAAAGCAAAGGAAGUUAUCAUUUUGAAACGGACACAGCUGAGCACCUCCAUCAUAAAGGCAACACAGCGCUCCAGAGUCAGGUGAGGUACAAAGAAGAGUAUGAAAAAGCUAAAGGCAAGUCGAUGCUUGAAUUUGUGGACACUCCAUCUUAUCAGGCUUCAAAGGAGGCUCAAAAAAUGCAAAGUGAGAAAAUUUACCGAAAGGAUUUUGAAAAAGCAAUCAAAGGAAGGCCAUCACUGGAUUUAGACAAGACUCCAGAAUUUUUGCAUGUAAAAUACGUCACAAAUCUUCUUAAAGAGAAAGAAUAUAGAAAGGACCUGGAAAAUGAAAUAAAGGGGAAAGGAAUGGAACUUAGUUCAGAGAUCCCUGACAUUCAGAGAGCAAAAAGAGCAUCUGAAAUGGCAAGUGAGAAGGAAUACAAGAAAGAUCUAGAAACUGAAAUUAAAGGGAGAGGAAUGCAAAUUGGCACAGAUGCCCUUGACAUACAACGAGCCAAAAAAGCUUCGGAAAUCUCAAGCCAGAAAGAAUAUAAAAGAGAUCUGGAGACAGAAAUUAAAGGCAAAGGGAUGCAGGUGGGCACUGAUACUCUUGAUAUCCAGCGUGCUAAGAAAGCAUCUGAAAUGGCAAGCCAGAAAGAAUACAAGAGAGAUCUGGAAAAUGAAAUUAAAGGGAAAGGAAUGCAAGUGAGCAUGGAUAUCCCUGAUAUGCUGCGAGCCAAGAGAGCGUCUGAAAUUUACAGCCAGAAAAAAUACAAAGGUGAAGCAGAAAAAAUGCUGACUAAGUAUUCAUCAGUGGCAGAUACUCCUGAAAUACAGAGAAUCAAGACGGCCCAGAAAAACAUCAGCAUGGUGUUUUAUAAGAAAGGAGUGGGAGCUGGCACAGCUGUAAAAGACCCAGAGAUGGAACGAGUUAAGAAAAAUCAGCAGAAUAUUAGUUCAGUGAAAUAUAAAGAAGAAAUAAAGCAGGCAACGACUAUCUCAGACCUUCCAGAGCUAAAGAGAGCUAAAGAAAACCAGAAGAACAUCAGCGAUCUUCAGUAUAGAGAGCAGAACUACAAAGCUACCCCUGUUUGCAUGACUCCAGAGAUUGAGAGAGUGAAAAAGAACCAGGAGCAUCUCAGCAUGGUGACAUACCGAGGAGAAACCAGACGUGCCACAUCCAUUUCUGACCCACCAGAGUUGAAGAGGGUUAAAGAAAACCAGAGGAACGUCAGCAAUGUCCAUUAUAAGGGACAGCUGGGCAGAGCAACUGCUGUAAGUGUCACUCCGGAGAUGGAAAGAGUCAAGAAGAAUCAGGAAAAUAUUAGCUUGGUUAAGUACACGCAGGAUCAGAAACAGAUGAAAGGUAGACCAAGUUUGAUUGUAGAUACCCCUGGACUGAGGCAUGUUAAAGAAACUCAAAACAAUAUUUCCAUGGUCAAAUAUCAUGAGGACUUUGAGAAGACAAAGGGCAGAGGCUUUACUCCAGUUGUGGAUGACCCAGUGACAGAGAGGGUGAGGAAGAAUACUCAGGUUGUCAGCGAUGGCUACAAAGGUAUACAUCCACAGAUUGUGGAAAUGGAUCGGCGGCCUGGAAUCAUUGUGGACCUUAACGUUUGGCGCACUGAUCCUGGUUCUAUCUUCGACCUUGAUCCGUUGGAAGACAAUAUUCAAUCUAGGAGCCUACAUAUGCUCUCUGAAAAGGCAAGUCUCUACAGUAGACAUCGGUCUCAUUCAACCAGUACCCUUGGUGUAGGACUGGGGGAUGACAAGUCAGAAAUCUCUGAGACAAACCCUAGCUUUUCCUUCUGCAGUGAGAUAACAAGACCAUCUGAUGAAGGAGGAGCCCCUGUACUUCCUGGGGCCUAUCAACAAAGCCAAUCCCAAGGCUAUGGGUAUAUGCAUCAGACCAGUGUGUCAUCCAUGAGAUCAAUGCAACACUCUCCAAGUCUGAGGACCUACCGAGCAAUGUACGAUUACAGUGCUCAAGAUGAAGAUGAAGUUUCCUUCAGGGAUGGUGACUAUAUUGUCAACGUGCAACCCAUCGAUGAUGGAUGGAUGUAUGGCACUGUGCAGAGAACUGGGAAAACUGGAAUGCUUCCAGCCAAUUACAUUGAGUUUGUUAACUAAUUCUUUCUCCUCCUUCCCCUUUGAUUUAUUCUAAUAUGUUCCAAAACCUAACCUUUUUAAAAAGAUGGAAGAUACUUUUAAGACCACUUAUUAGCUAUUUUAUCACUGAGAUAAGUCAGUCCUUAAAUUGAAAAAUAGACACACAGGUCCCAGAAAGAAAGGAUGGGCUCUCAGCCAAAAGCAGCAGUAGAUCUAGUCGUUCCAAAAACCAACCAACUCAGUUAACUGUGACUGGAUAUCUAGUGCUGGUAACUGUGUUAAUGUUUUCCUCUGAUUGGCUCCUGAUCCCUUGUAUAAAAUGUCCUUUUCUGGUAUUGAAAAGAGGCCUUGCUUCUCCCUCUAAAUCUGAUAAGUAACGGAAACCUCUUAGCUGUCACUAUGGAAUCAUGAGAGAUCCAGUCCAUUAGUAUAAUAAUAGCACAUCUAGUAAUUUCCAAGCUGUUUAAAUUUAGACUCGUUAAGCAGGUACCAAAUACAGUUAGUUGGAAACUGUUAAGGACUGGUAGAGAAUAGGCUGGUUAAAAUCACAUUGUCUUAUCCAGUAGCCAUAGUGGUAAAGAAAGUUUUGCUCACACAAUAAAAAGAUUCCCAGCUUCCUCAGCACAAUGGCAUCUGUGCUCUCCAUAUGCAUUCCCAGGUGUGCCCCUCUCCUCCACUUACAUUUGAUAGGGCCAACUGGUUAAGACUCCCUUUCUGCUUUCUAUUAUUUAUCCCCUAAAUCUGAUUCAGGGAAAGAAAUAUAAUAUUUGCUUGGCCUCAAAAAAUGUCAGGGCCAAAUAACUUCAUAGCUACUCUGCAAAGGCCUAAAUUCAAAUGUCGCCUAUUUUCCUUUCCUAAUCUCCUUUACCCUGAUUACCCCAGGUAGGCUUAAGCUUAUGUACCAUAUGCAGUAUUACUGCAUAGCCCAUAACCAUACUGUUUAUUCCUGUCAUAACAGCUAAAUGCAUAGCUGAUUUAAAAAAAAAUCCUUCCUAUUUGCCAGCUCAUCAGAAAAAAAAAAGAAUUUAAAAAAGUUGCUUGAGAUUCUUCUGCUGUGCUGCAUUGUAAUUUUGAAGGAGUUACAACCUUAGGAAAUAGACUUACAUCUAGUAAAUAAAUAAUUUAGGUAUUCCUUGAGCAGCUUUCACUGACAAUGCUUCUAUAUUAAGGGGAAAAAAAGACUAACAGGAUCCGGUGAAAAGUUGAAUUUGAAUGAAAAGUAUUGAAAAUUGCAAAAAAAAACGUUAAUGGAAAGACAGAGAUUCUGUUUAGGGUAUGAUGAAUGGGUGGUUCUCAUUUGACUUCUGGCAUGGAAAUUCAGCAACCUAAACUGGUUAUAAAAGGAUUCUCUUUCUACUUUGUAUUAUGUCUCCUCUAGACCUAAUUUGGGCAGGGGGUGGGUGGCAGGAUGGGAGUGGGAAUAGGAAAUUCUUUAGAGAUUUUCAGCAAAGACACAAUGAGUAGCUCAUUAGUUGAGGAGUGAUCACAAAGGCUGAUAUUUCCCACAGAAAAUGAGUAGAAAUUCCCGUCAAAUUAGUGCCACUGUUACCUGGAGUCACAGUGUCAUGAAGCCAGAAGCUGAAUAGAGGAGCCAAGGUGUGGAUGCACCUGUAUUUUAUUUUUUUCUGAUUUUGCAGUUUAUUGUUAUUUCCAGUGAGAUUAUACACAAAGAACAUAUGGAUUUUUUGUACCAGUGCUAAACUUUGCUUAAUGCUUUAUUUUUUUAAACUGUCCAAGUAUUUAGUAAAAUGUACAGUAUUUAGAGGGGAUAUCUGUAGCACAGAACGUAUUGGAAAUUUUAAAGUAACAGUAAGCCUGAAACAAUGUCUUGUAACUGCAGAUCUUAUGGGGGCCAAAGUUAAAUGUCUGUUGAGAUUUUAGACCUUUGAAAAUCUGCAUUGUCUCACUUGGGUGAGAUGAUGGAAUUAAGAAAGCCAAUAAGCUAUAUUUCAAUCUAUUUAUAUCUACUUGGCAUCAGUAAGACUUGAAAAGGGAAAAUUUCAGUCAAUCAGGCUUAUUUUGGAUGGGGUUUGGGGUGGUAAUAACAUCACCUAAUAAUGGAUUUGACUGUUUUCAUUUGUCAUUGACUUGGAAAGUUAUUUAGCUGAAUCAAUGCAAUCAACGCUGUUUUGGGGGGUUAUUCAGGCACAGACUAAGGGAAACCUAAAUAUGUAAUUGAAUCGAAGAAUGUGCUUUGACAAAAACCCAAUCUAAAGGCAAUAAGCCUCUUCACUCCCACUUGAUUGUUAAGUAAAUAUGUAAAUUCCAAGGCUCCAGAUAGACCAUUUUUUGUGAUAACUUAAAAAAAAUUAGGAAAGGAAGAAAGCAUUUGGUAAUUGCAAUUUCAAACAAAGCAAAGCUAUAAUUUUUACAAACCCAUAUGUAGUAUGCUCAAGGAAAACUGACUUUAAGUGAUCAUUAGAAUCAGGGCUACAAAGUGACUACAGACUUGCUAUUUUCUAUUUAUUCUGUAGUUUCAAAACUCAAAUUUAGAAAAUGUAAACACCCACACGAGUGCACAUGUAUCCACAUAGAUGCAGUCUUCUAUUUCUGAGCUUCACGUAGGAUCUGGAUAUCAAUCAAGAUAAUUAUUCAUGUAAUGCCAACCAGCAGUAAUUAAGGAGCAAAUGUCAGCAUUGAAAUAAUUGGCAGGGUUGUAGAUGUGGUAAAGCAAGAUAGUGUGUCCUCUGAAGAUCAUAAUUCAUUAUUGUUGUUCAUGGUUACAAAAUCUUGUACUGAUGCUAAGUAUCUCUGAAGCAAGAGAAACACUAGAAACAGAAAUCUUAUAUCAAAGUACUAUCUCUACAGUGUCACAAUGUACAAUGUACUUUCUUAUUUUAAGGUACAUUCCUGGUGUUCUUAUUUGAUUCUUUAUUAACAUUCCACUUGACACCACCAUCCUUCCCCCAUCCUAAUCCAGCUUGGUGACAUCUCUCAUAUAAAACACUGACAGUGAAAGAGCAAAGUUAAGAAUAAAUAAUCUAUUUUAUCGAGUCAAAGAGGACUGCGCCAUACCAAAAAAAAAAAAAUAGAAAGGGUGAAUGUCCCUACCUUUCUAAUCAUGGGAUGUUUGCAAGAGUGAUAAAAGCAGCUAGACCAGUUUGAUAUGUUUUUAAAGGUUCCCAAGAACAACAACAAAAAUUCAAAACUGUGUGUGAAUCGUUUUUUCUCUUGAGAAUGACGUUAAUAAGGACAUAUUUCUUCUGUUGUAAGUAAGGUUUUGUAGUACACGUUUUUACUAAUUCUUAUCUAGGAAAGCUUUCUAUUUUUAACCUGUGGCAAAAUGAAUUCUCCUUUGUCAUCUUGUUAUCAUCGACUCUAAUUAGCAGCAUAAUCCAGUUUGCAGUGUUGGGAUCCAUAUCUCACAUCCCACCGAGCUCAGCAGAACAUACAAAAGUAUGGAAGCACAAUUCUCAGAACCACCUUGUGUAGACCUGCCAUUGUAGCAGGGCAUUACUCAACCUGUGUUUUUGCUUCUCUCAUCAAUUAAGGGAAGUGACAAGUUGUGCUUCAGUGCAUUUCAAAGACUGGAGAGAAGUCCUUUCUCAAAGAGGCAGUAUGACUAAAGUUGCCCCUCUAUUUCAGAUUCAUUCACCUCCACUGGAAUGUUUUAAAGGCAAAAAUAAUAAAAUGUGUGUUACCCCUUAAAAGCAUACAUGUGUAAACAUGGAGAGAGUGAAUAAGAUUUAAUAAAAUGGGUGCCUUGUUGAUUACCCCCCCCCCAUUUGUCCACAUGGUCUUUGAAAGUAAACCAAGUAAGCUUCUGUUGCCGGUUCUACAGGAACGCUCAUAUCAUUUGUGAUUUGUAUUUUAAGAAGUGGGAAGGUCUGGAGAAAGAAGAGCUCUCUUUGUCAUCCAGCCAUAUUGGGGUUAAUAACUAAUUGCAUUUCACUUUCAGAAGAAUUCAAACUCAUAAAAAUGAAAGGGCAUUUUUAAACUUUUCCAUCUCUUCCUUGAGAGCUCCUUGGGGACUUAAAAUGCCUAUGGUUCUUUAACACAAGGGUUAAAUUUAGGUUUGGGGAUUUUUAGUAUCUCCUAGACAAAAGAAUUAUGAGGCACAAGCAUUUGGCAGAAUUGACUUCAUUAGAAGAAAAUUGUUUCAUGAUUUCACAACUCAUUCUUUGCCUGUAAGAAUCUAAAACCUGUGUAGAUAGGUAGGCCUAUAAAAGUUGCUAGAUUAUGGCUGUCCUGAGUCACAUGAAAUAUGGAAACAAAAAACUUUAGUUAAGUACUGUCUUAGUAGUAAAACAUAUAAAUUAGAUUAAAAAUGCUAAAUGAAAGUAGCUCUUUGAAGUGAUAUAUGCCCUUCGGGGCUCUUUGCAGGCAAUUGCUAACUACUGCCGAUGUAAAAAGCUAAGACUUUAGAUAAGCUGUAGCAAUCAUUCCAAGAUGCUUUAGACUACAGGAACCCCCUGCCACAAGUUUGGAAGAAGCCUCAGGACCAUCUGUUCCCCCUCAAACUCUGUGAUCCACUACAAUGUAUUUGUGGGGAUAUCAUAUGCUUUUUGUGUCUGAUAUACAAUAUAAAGUUUGCAUACUAGAUUUAAGUUGUAAUCCAUUUGCUGUUGAGAAUAAAUUGUAUUGGAAGAUGAAAGGAUAAUGCAUGACAAUCAUGUGCUUGGGUAUUGCACUGGACAGGUUGCUGGACCAUCAGAAAAUACCACUGAAUGUACUAUUGACAUGAUGUGGAAACUAUAAGCUGUUGGUUUUUGCCAUGUGAUGUUAAAAAAAAAUAGCAAAAAGAAACUACGGGGCAGUUUGGCUUAUAUUUGCUUUAAAGUAUGUAGAAUUUGAGUUUGUUAUCCUGCUUUUUUUUCUUUCACUUUACUGUAUUUGCUUAAAAGGCAUGUAGUUAAGAAGGAAACAAUGUUUUUUUUGAAUGGAGGGACUUACAGAAUGAAGUCAUGUGUUGACAUAAUUUGGCUUUUGUUAUGCAGAUUGUUAACACCAGCUAUUAAAAUAUAUUUUAGUAGAAAUGCUUUAAUUCACAUUCUUUUCCCUUUACACUGUGAAUCUUGGUGGACUGCAACAACAUCAUGCUAACCCAAAUACUAACCUAUGCAAACUAGAUCACGUUUCAUUUGAUGUCACAGUGACUGUAACAUGAUAGUUUUUUCCCUGCCUAACAUGCAAUGGCAUUAAAAACAAACGGUUGAGUCUCACAUCAUGUAUGUCCAUCGUGGUCACUGAACGCACUCUUCAAUGCAGCUGUCGUCAUGAGGAUCAGUCUAGGAGCAAAGCACCAGUUCGCUUGGCUUGGUCGAUGGAUUGUUAAAAUGAGAAGGCUGGUGAUGUACGCUUGCUGUGGCUCCAGCUUGCUUCUUUUGAGUGUUUUCCUCAAGUAGAACUGUGUGUAAAAAUGUCCUCUCUUCUGGGUAUGGGUAUUCUUUUCUCCAUUCUGUAUUUGUGAAACUUUAUAAAAGCAUUAAUUUUCCAUUCCUACACACUUGGUUUGCUUAAAUAAAUGCAGGUAAUGAUGAAA